AACAAUGUCAUUUCAUCUACUUCCUACCACAACUCCACCAUGCAGACGCAGAAAGUACCCCUCUCUCCCCCAACCCUCAGAGAGAUAGCCGUAGCCCUCCAGUUCCCCCUCGCCGCCAACUAUAGCCACUCCACCGUCGACGUAGUGCAGUGCCCAGACCUUCGGAAAGCGCCUUUCUACCUCGCAACCGCCGGCCUCUCCGGGGCCGAAAAGAUAUCAGAUGUAGGCGGCCAGCCCAAUCUCUUCCCUACGCCCCGACUGGACUGCAAAUGGAACCUCCUCGACAUCGCACGCGCUAUGGAGAUGGCUCCCCACGGCGGCGGUCUUCUCGGCGCGGGAGCUGGUCCGUUCCACAUCGUAGGGCAUAAUUGCGAGCUUGUUCCGAACAUCGCGUGGAACGAUGGUUUCGAGAAUGCGACCAACAGUACCUAUCUCGCGCAGAUUAGACAAGGCGAGCCUAGUGUAGAGAAGAGUCCGAGUCUCGACUGCGCUCUCAUGAUUAACCUGUAUGGCUCUCUCGGCCAUUCUGGCCCCGUGAUCAAGAUCACCGCGCGGGGACGUGUAGGCGAUGAGAAGAGUAUUACAGAGCUUAUGAGGAAGGCGCUCGCGAAUGCCUACGGUGAUCGCAUGGUCAGCUUGGGCGGUGUGUUCGCCGUGAAGAAGGGAACGUCAAAGUACCACAUCAUGCCGGAUUUCCCACCGGAGGAAGAACUGCCAUUCAAAAACGCGAAGCAAUUGAAUGAUUGGUUAACGUACCACGAAUUUGAGGCGCCGGUUGUGUGUUUGAGUGUGCUGCAUUCGGCAGACCCAGGGAAGAAGCUGGGGCUGAGGAUGGAGCAUACGCAUUGUGCGUCCAUGGAUGGAAGAGAUGUCGGAGGCCAUUACCAUGGGGAUAUCAACGGGGAAGAAGUUGAGUACGAGGGGUACUUCAAUGUGGCGAAGACGCUGUAUCGGAUAGAGAAGCCGGAGGUGACGCUGGAGAGGGACUUGCAUGAGUAGUGAGCAUUGUUCCGAGUAAUCGAUAUCUGCCACGCAUUGUUCUAUAGUGAUGGGAUGUAUAGCAAAUUUUGCAUCGUCGGGGAUCACGAUCUGGAUGGAACUGAGCUACACUGAUUGCAACGAGGACAACUGAAACACUCCAAUUCCGGAAGAUAGACCCAG